AAUGUCAAGUUGUCAUGUUUAUGUCUCUCUUAUUAUGUUUGGGGUCAAUUUGACUGGCUGUUUUAGCUGUUAUAAAACAUCAUCAUAUGGUCUUUUAAUUUCAAUUUCAAUUCAGGGGCACUUCUAAAAUAUUUUGGAGCAUCCUCUGCCACUGGUCAGGAUGAGCCACCCACCUCCCCCGCUACACAGGCCUCUUCUGGAAUGGUCUCGACUCAUCAGGAUGAGCUACCAUCUAUGUCCUCAGCUACACAUACAGUAUGUCUUCACAAAUUUCUCCACAAAUAUCUGAUAUUGAGGAUGAAGUCAACUUUGCCUCUACUUCUCUCCAGCAUGCGCCUUCAGAAAUGCCUGGAGCUGAACUACCACUGAGCCCCACUGCUGAGGAUAAGCCUCUGUCAACCGACCCUGCUAACUGGCCCUCACAUCUGACUGACAGGAUUCGGACAGAGCUGGUUCGCAGAGGACCAUGUAAGGUGCCACCUGGCUUUGUUUUCCGUAGGAAUGAGAGUGAUGGGAGAAGUUGCCACCACCAAUAUUUUAGGAAGACAUUAGUAAGUGGUGAAAAGAUGGCAAGAAGUUGGCUGAUUUAUUCAGUGAAGAACAACAGCCUCUUUUGCUUCUGCUGCAAAUUGUAUUCCAAGAGGAACAUUAAUUUAACAAGUGCAGGAAUGGCAAAUUGGAAACAUGCGAGCGAUUACCUCACAUCACACAAAAACAGUCCAGAACACCUCAACUGCAUGAAAGCAUGGAAAGAACUGUCAGUGAGGUUAAAAAGUGGGGAAACUAUUGAUAAGCUGGAGAUGGCACUUCUGGAGGCUGAGAGGGUAAGAUGGAGAGCAGUGCUGACACAUCUCACUGCUAUCGUGCAGUCACUGGCACUUCGAAAUUUGGCUCUAAGGGGACACACAGAAACACUGUUCACACCAUCAAAUGGGAAUUUUUCUCAAAGAGGUCGAACUUAUGGCUAGGUUUGAUCCCAUUAUGAAAGAUCACCUUAACCGUGUCGAAACAGGAACAGCAAGUCAAAACAGCUACCUAGGCCAUCAUGUGCAGAAUGAGCUGAUUGAUUUGUUGAGCAGCAAAAUCAUAUCUUCUAUAGUGGAUGACAUCAAGCAGGCAAAGUUUUUUUCUGUAAUUUUGGACUGCACCCCAGAUAUAAGUCACACAGAACAGCUGUCAGUGGUCAUUACAGUGGUGUCACUGAUGGAGAAGCCCCAUAUCAGGGAACAUUUUAUGGGAUUUUUGGAGGCAGAGCAGUCCACAGGCCAGCACUUGGAAUCCAUGAUCCUGACGAGACUUGAGGAGUUGGGAAUUCCUUUUGAAGACUGCAGAGGACAGUCAUAUGACAACGGGGCAAACAUGAAAGGCAAAAAUAAGGGAGUUCAAGCCAGGCUCUUAGAAAAGAAUCCCAGAGCUCUGUUUGUGCCAUGUGGAGUGCAUACAUUGAAUUUAGUUGUGUGUGUGAUGCUGCUAAGGGAUCUGUUGAUGCUAUAAGUUACUUUGGUGUCCUGCAAAAGCUCUACACAUUAUUUUCAGCCUCCACCCAAAGAUGGGCCAUACUGAAGAACCAUGUGAGCAUCACCUUAAAGAUGUGGGCAGAAACAAGGUGGGAGAGCAAGGUCAAGAGUGUCGAGCCCAUGAGGUACCAGGGAGCUGCCGUGAGAGAGGCUUUAACUGAGGAGAGAGACCACACCAAAGACCCUGCUAUAAAGGCUGAGGCCCAGUCUUUGUCUGAGGAGGUGGGGUCAUACCGCUUCAGCAUCUGCACGGUUGUUUGGUAUGACAUGCUAUCUGCAAUACAGCAUGCCAGCAAACUCAUGCAGUCUCCUAGUAUGGAUGUGGACCUAGCUGUGAGUCUUUUGAAGAAGACUGAGCGAGAUCUCCAGAGCUACAGGGCAAGUGGCUUUGUGACCGCACAGAUGGCGGCCAAAGACAUUUGUGAAGAGAUGAAUGUGGAGGCUGUUUUAAAACAAAAAAGGCUGAGGUCCACAAAGCGGCACUUUUCAUAUGAAUCACAUGAUGAGCCUUUCAGUGAUGCACUUAGGAAGUUGGAGGUUGGAUUCUUCAACGUUGUCGUUGAUGCAGCCACGUCAGCCAUCAAGGAGAGAUUUUCCACAUUGGAAAAUGUGGGAAAGAAAUUCGGGGUUUUGACAAAUUUCCCAAGUCUUGCAGGUGAGGAGCUGGCAGAGCAAUGCGAGGCACUAGGCAGCACACUGCACUUUAAGGGGCACUCUGAUGUGGACAGUAGAGAGCUUGUGCAGGAAAUUAAGAACUUCCCUGAACUGCCAUCAAAGACCAUGAGCCUCCUUGAGCUUAUCACUUUUAUGCAUGAUAAGGAUCUAUCGGAGAUCUACCCCAAUUUUUGGACUGCUAUCAGGAUUGCACUUACUCUGCCAGUCACUGUGGCUCAAGCAGAGAGGAGCUUUUCAAAACUAAAGUUGAUCAAGUCAUACCUGAGAUCAACCAUGUCCCAGGAACGGCUCACUGGCCUUGCCGUCAUCAGUAUCAAUCACUCAAUAGGGGAGCAGAUUUCAUACGAUGACAUCAUUGAUGAUUUUGCAUCAAGGAA